CGCAAACGCAGACUCGCAAAAGUACUGUGAAAACUUGGACUUUUCAUUCACAUACAACAUGACAACACCCAAAAUGUCGUCCCCUCACGUGCUUAUCAUCGGCGCUGGCAUGAGCGGUCUCACGCUCGCGCAACAAUUGAAGAAAAACAACAUUUCCUUCACCGUUUUCGAGCGAGAUCUGAACGACGACUCCCGCGGCCAAGGUUGGGCGCUAUCGUUGUUCGGAGAGGCCCUCGACUUAAUGAGGGCUUUGAUGCCGUCGGAAUUGGGCCCCGUGGAGCGGACGAGCGCUCUGUUUCCCCUUGAGCUCCCACCACAGUUCGCUUUCUAUGACAUUACCCGCCCAGACUUCCGGGUCGGUGUCGUCGUCGAUGACACUCUCAAGGCCGUCCGAGCGAACCGCCGCAGGCUGCGCGACUGGCUGAUGCAGAAUAUCGACGUAAAGUUCAACAAGCGUCUGCUCCGCGUGGAGGAGCACGGUGAUAAAGUCACGGCGUAUUUCGAGGAUGGUACUUCGGCGACGGGUGAUUUCCUGGUCGGCGCCGAGGGUACACGCAGUGUGGUGCGCAAGCACCUCCUCCAAGGCCAGGACGUGAUGAAACCAUUACCGGUCGGCUCAAUUUUCGGCGAGACCUCGCUCAGCGACGACGACUUUUCACAGCAGCUCACACUCUCACAUUCAAACUACAUCGUCAUGGACUCUAGGCUCCCUCCUGACCAGCAGGCGGUCAUUUUCGGCGCCCUCAACCGAGUAAGCCCUGAUGGUAAGACCGGAUAUUACUACUAUAUCCUUCUUUGGGUGGACCAUCAGGCUCCUACGGACGCAGGUGAGAAGCGUUGGUUUGAGUCGGCAUCAAAGGAACAGUUGGCGGCCUUUGCACGUGAAAAAACCAAGGGUUUCCCGGACAACCUCCGCUCCCUGGUGGAUAGGAUCCCUAUAGAGGGAUACAAUGCCCCUGGCUUCCAGCUUCAGGGUGUGGAGUUAGAACUUGAACAACUGCCGGCUGGAAGGGUGCUGUUGAUUGGGGAUGCAGCGCACUCGAUGGCUCCAUUCCGUGCUCUAGCUGCAAACACGGCCUUCGUCGACGCCUUCAAGCUCGGCGAAGUCCUCACACGCGCGCGGGAUAUGCAGGCGUCAGGCGAAACGCUGAAGGAUCUCGUGUCAGCGUUCAACGUAGAUAUGAUUACACGCGGCAAGGCGGCGAUCAAGGCAUCCAACUCGGUGCUCGAAGCCUACGGCGAAGAGACUAAGUUUGUUACAUUCGGCAGGGAGGCGAGACCGAUACCGCUAAAGACUGUAGUGUUGUCAGAUCAUCGGAUUUAG